GGGUGCCCAGUGGUCCAGUCCAGGCUGGGGCAGCUGAAUCCUUGGCACCCAGAGCCAGGGCUGCAGGGAGCUUGACAAGCUGACUCUGUAUCAUAUGCUACCAAGAGCACCCUUGACAGCUAUGAGAACUCACUGCUUUGGGAGUCAAUUGGCUGUGCCAGGUGGGCACUGAGGAAGAUGGCUUGGAACUAGAAGAGAAUCUGCAGAUCCCAGAAUACCAGAGGCUGCUCUGGCCUGAGCCCUUGGUGUCCAGACACUUGCCUGGAGCCAGCAGAAAGGACCUCCAGAAGCCUCAGUAUCUCAGAGCAACCAUCCAGCAAAUGCUGUUUUGUGAUGGGACUCAGAGAAGCACACCAGGCGCUGGUCCCUGACUCGGCAGCAUGGAGCGGGUCCAGGAUAUCUACCGCCAGCCGCUGGUCAAUGUGAAGGGGGUCCCGCUGAUCAAGUACAUUGGAGAGAUGGUGGAGUCAAUUCAGAGCUUCCAAGCCUGGCCUGAUGACGUGCUCAUCAGCAACUUUCCCAAGUCUGGUAGCACAUGGGUAACUGAGAUCAUGGAAAUGAUCUACCAGGGUGGUAGCCUAGAGAAGUGUCACCGGGCCCCAAUUCAUGAACGGGUGCCUAUCCUUGAGUUGAAAUGGCCAGGGCUUUCCACAGGUAUAGAAAUUUUGAAAGAUACACCUGCCCCUCGGCUCCUCAGAACACACUUGCAACUGACCCUGCUUCCCCAAAGUUUUCUGGAUCAGAAGGUGAAGGUGAUCUAUGUUGCCCGCAACGCAAAGGACGUGGCUGUCUCCUUUUACAACUUCUACAAAAUGGCCAAGGGACACCCUGAACCUGGCACUUGGGACAACUUCCUGGAGAAGUUCAUGGAUGGACAAGUGUCCUUUGGGUCAUGGUACCAGCAUGUGCUGGAGUGGGGGGAGCUGAGCCGCACCCACCCUGUGCUCUACCUCUUCUAUGAAGAGCUGAAGGAGAACCCCAAAAGGGAGAUUAAAAGGAUCCUGGAGUUUCUGGGGCGCUCCCUGUCAGAGGAGACAGUGGAUCACAUCGUCCAGCACACAUCCUUCAAGGAGAUGAAGAAGAAUCCCAUGACUAACUACACCACCAUACCAACUGAGAUAAUGGACCACAGUGUUUCUGCCUUCAUGAGGAAAGGCAUCGUGGGGGACUGGAAGUCUGUCUUCACUGUGGCCCAGAAUGAGCGCUUUGAUGCCCACUAUGCUAAGAAGAUGGCAGGCUGCAAGUUCAACUUCCGUUGGCAGCUCUGAGUGGUGUCGUGGGGAGCCACUGCAGGGGGAGCAUGGGCACAAGCCUGACCCAUGACCUCAGGAAUAAAACAUGAUGUGUCCAUCAA